AUGGCUGUUAUCAGUGCAAUCAGAGUCGCCAACCGCCUUGCCAGCUCCCUGUCCCUCCUCCACUCCGGAGCUUGCUGCGGAAUGAAAUUUCCCGAAAGGAUAGCGAAUGGCGAAGAAGCCAGCCUGUGCGCGACUUCAUUCGACAAGGGUAUCUAUAAGAUCGAUGAUUUGAACAAUCACAUCAUAGUGGUCGAUUUGGAAGAUUGCGACGAGCCGGGGAAAGUUGAAAUAUUCACGGUCAACUUAAGUCAAACAGAUGUUAUGGAGCAAAACUCGAGCGAUGCCGAAAGACUUAUGAGCUGGGAGAAUCGAGGACCCAUCCGAGGAACUGAAGUUAGCGAGAGUUAUAAGGCGGAGUAUUUAGCCGACACUGAGGUCUGGACGAUUUUAGCCAUAUAA